CUGUCUAAGCUGACUCUCUUGAAUCUGUUGCACAGUAGGCAGACCUCUGUGGUACCAUUUCCUACACACCAAAGACAACCGGCAAGAACACAAGAUGAAGGUCACAGUCACCAACUUGAUGCUCUGCACUGCCAUCCUUGCAACUACCGGGUCAGGCUUCCCAAUGGAGAGGAAGGGGUCAGCUGGGAAGGAGAAGAGGGUCCAGUAUGCCGCGUGGGACGACGUGAAUGUGCUGGCCCACGGGCUACUGCAGCUGGGCCAGGGCCUCAAAGAGCACGUGGACAAGACCAAGCUCCAGGUGCGAGACAUCACUGCCAAGCUGAAGUCUUUCAACGGCACGGUAACUGACCUGGGCAAGCUGACCCUACGGCUGCAGGAGGACAACAAGGUGCUGAGAGCAAGGACUGAAGGUCUGGAGGAGAGGGAGAGCCAGGUCCUCAACGUCUCCUCGGAGCUGCGCGAGAAGGCUGACGAGCUGCUGACAGAGAAACAGGCGGUCCACGAGAGGAUGAACAGGCUUGAGGAGAAAGUGAAUGGUGUGCUGCAAGGAGAGGAGUUGCAUGCCGCCAGUGGUAACUCCACUGAUGCACGGACCAUCCAGUGGAUGAUGGAGGCUCAGAACCGGCGUAUAGAUGAGCUCGUGGACAGAAUAAAGCAACAGCAGGAAAAGCUGGACAAGCAGAACAUCCGUAUUCGAACUCUUCAAAAUCAGAUACAGAUUAACAUGCAGUCAUUCCUAAAGCGGAAAGGCGAUGUCAUCCCUCAAAACGGCAGCAUCGAACAACACGAUUCACCACAAGAUAUGGCCUCUGACUGUCACGAACUUUUUCUGAGAGGGGAGACAAGCACUGGAGUUUACACAAUCAAGCCUUUGCAGUCUGAACCUUUUGAUGUUUUCUGUGAAAUGACAGCAGAUGGGGGGUGGACAGUCAUCCAGAGACGGCAGGAUGGCUCUGUAGAUUUUGAUCAGCUCUGGCAGGCCUACCAAAGUGGCUUUGGAAACCUCAAUGGUGAAUUCUGGCUUGGCCUAGAGAAGAUGCAUUCAUUGUCAAAAGAUGGUAACUACAUCCUCAAGGUCCAGCUCAGCGACUGGAGAGAUGACCUGGAGACCAUCAAGUACCCGUUCCGUCUGAGCGGGGAAGAGAGCCACUACUCACUGCACAUCCUGGACAAUGCCUCCAAGAAUCUCGAGAGUGCUUUUCCUAGUGAUCCUGCCGGCUUGCCCUUCUCUACCCGGGACAAAGAUAAUGACCAGAAAAGCGACAUCAACUGUGCCAAGCACCUUUCUGGCGGAUGGUGGUUUAGCAACUGUGGUCACUCCAACCUGAAUGGCAGGUACUUCGUUACCCCGCCACCCAAGCAGAGACACCAGAGGAAACAGGGAGUGUUCUGGAAGACUUGGCGCGGUCGCUAUUAUCCUCUGAAAACAACAACGAUGAUGAUUGCACCCUCCGAGAUCGAGAACAAAUCUUAGAGCGAGAUGUUGAACACAAGAGUCGUGCACUACUGAGACCAUGUUUAAAACAAGUCACAUUUUUAUAGUGAUCCAAAUAGUUAAGUCCAAAUAUUGGUUCUUAAGAGAGAAAAAAGGUGCUAAAUUCAGAGAUUCGUGUUAAGUGUCCACACCAUUUCACAGUGAAACUUUUCAAUAGACAUUUUAAUUUGAAGUGUGAAAAGAACAUGGUGUGUUGAAGCUGACAUGGAUACAGUAUCAAAUCACUGUCUCUGAGUAGGAGAGAGCCAUCCAGGUUACAGAGUACUAGAUGUGCUUGAGUUAAGCGUGUACCGGCAUGUUUGCAUAUUGCAAGCACCUUUUAACAUUUUCCACAUGUUAAGACGGAUCUGGUAUGAGGGGCGCUAUGAAAGCCCCCUAGCACUGAUAUGGCUACCCAUUUACAGAGAGCAACUAUGAACAAGGGCCGUUCAAGGACCCAAUCAUAUGGACCAAACAUGCACACAUUCAGAUAGAGAUUGUGUGACCUCUAUUAGAGGCAUUAGUUAUGCAGUGGCAUUAUCAAAAGACAAUGUAGAACAAUGCAGCAUCACAGAGCAUACAGGCGAGUAAGAUAGCUUUAGUUGUCAAAUUGUGCACAUGUGGCUUUUCUGGUCCUUUAAUAAUAUACAGCUGUUGUUGUCUAGUCUACUGUUUAUUUUUAUUUCAGCUACAACUCCAUCUUCUUUUAGUGGAGUCUUCCCCCUUCAGUCAUAUUGACUGUAUUUUAUUCCUGAAGUUUUCUCCACUUCCUGUAAAUACUAAGCAGAGUUUAUGUUGACUGAACCUUUAAAAUCGUGUAAAUGUAAACACAUUUAGUUGUGCUCAGUUGUAAUAUUCUCAGUUCAUGUUGACAAAAUGCCAUGUUCUUAUUUUUUUUCUAUUUAAGUUCUGUAAAGAAUCACUGUGUACUUUUUACCUUUUUGUUAAUUAUUUAUAUUUCUUAUAUUUUCCAAAAGUAUAAAAGACCUUUGAUAUUGUUUUCUCUUUCUUUUUUUACACAACGGAGAAGAACUGAUCUUUAAGUCAGAUGUCCAUUCAGUUGGCCAAUAAAGAUUAUUUUAAAAAUGUU